AAUCCACUCAUAUUGUCGUACAGAUCCAUUCAGGACAUUUCACUCAAUCCACUCAUAUUGUCGUACAGAUCCAUUCAGGACAUUUCACUCGAUCCACUCAUAUUGUCGUACAGAUCCAUUCAGGACAUUUCACUCAAUCCACUCAUAUUGUCGUACAGAUCCAUUCAGGAAAUUUCACUCAAUCCACUCAUAUUGUCGUACAGGGUGAUUCAGGACAUUUCACUCAAUCCACUCAUAUUGUCGUACAGGGUCAUUCAGGACAUUUCACUCAAUCCACUCAUAUUGUCGUACAGAUCCAUUCAAGACAUUUCACUCAAUCCACUCAUAUUGUCGUACAGAUCCAUUCAGGACAUUUCACUCAAUCCACUCAUAUUGUCAUACAGGGUCAUUCAGGACAUUUCACUCAAUCCACUCAUAUUGUCAUACAGGGUCAUUCCGGAAAAAGGGGCGAAACCUGAAAAUGGCGCUCUUUCGUGUAUUGAAAAAUAUGUCGUCAUGACUAGUACAAAUAGUUAUUUAUCGUUUAUAGCACUUUAUCGUUUACUUCACUAUAAAGCGCAUAUCUACAGCCGCUUUUGAUGCUUUUGACACCCCCUACCGACGUUGAAGCCCAGGGAGAAUGUUCCAUUCGCUCCCCCGCCAACCCCCCCCUACACACACACACACAGACACACAGACACACACAGACACACACACAGACACACACACUUUUCACGGUCACUGGGCUUUCAUGCUUCUUGAUCUUGUCAAAUGUUCAAAAUGUUUGUGAAUUAAAUGUCUAUACAUUUUAUGUUUGAAACUAUUCUUUACUGUGUUUUAUUCGUUUUAGCACAGUACUGAUGAUGUCCAAGCUCACUAUGAAUGAGAUCAACCCAAAAGGAUUUUUAAAAGCAUUUAAAGAAGAAAAAAAAUUAUAUUAACAAUUUGAUAUUUAACCAUUCAUUUUCAGACUUAUUUGUAAAAUUUUCAUUAUUAUUUUUUUUUUUACUGUUAAAUAGUGUUUCUAUGCUUGUGUUUAAAGUUUAUGAUAAGCUCAUAAUAAGAAAUGUAUUUUUGUAUUUAUUAUUUGGCUUUCUUGUAAAAUGAUGUUUCUCUUCUUUCUAAAAUGACGUUUCUUUUACUUCUAAAAUGACGUUUCUCUUCCUUCUAAAAUGACGUUUCUCUUCCUUCUAAAAUACGUUUCUAUUCCUUCUAAAAUGACGUUUCUCUUCCUUCUAAAAAAACGUUUCUCUUACUUCUAAAAUGAUGUUUUGCUUACUUCUAAAAUGACGUUUCUCUUACUUCUAAAAUGACGUUUCCCUUCUUUUUAAAAUGAAGUUUCUCUUACUUCAAAAUGACGCUUCUCUUUCUUCUAAAAUGACUUAUCACUUCCUUCUAAAAUGACGUUUCUCUUCCUUCUAAAAAAACGUUUCUCUUACUUCUAAAAUGACGUUUCUGUUCCUUCUAAAAUGACGUUUCUGUUCCUUCUAAAAUGACGUUUCUCUUACUUCUAAAAUGAUAUUUUUACUUAUUUCAAUGUAAACGCUAUGAACAUUUUUAUUUGACUGGUGAUGGGAUACAAAUAAAUACAUUAGAAGUGAUUUUAUUUCACCUUAGUAACUAGGAGUUUGCCUUUUUCACAAUAAUUGUAUAACUGAGUGUGUGAGUAUGCGUUUUUGUGUGUGUG